AUGUCUUUUAUUUUUCGCCAAAAGGUAACCUAUAACCCUGACAAGGACAUUCCAGACCUAGGGGGAAAGGUUAUCUUGGUAACUGGAGGCAACAAUGGUUUAGGUAAAGAAACCAUCAAGCAGAUGGCGAAGCACAAUCCGACCAAAAUCUACAUGGGCGCGCGCAGCAAGGCCAAGGCUUCUGCUGCAAUUGCAGAGCUGAAAGAACAAGUCCCUUCCGCGAACAUCAUCCAUCUCGAAAUCGACCUUGCAUCGUUCUCUUCCAUCAAAAGGGCCGCGGCCACGUUUUUGGCGGAGAAUGACCGUCUCCAUAUCCUCGUGAACAAUGCUGGUGUUUUCGCCACUCCGCCAGGGUUGACAGAGGAUGGGUACGAAGUCCAGUUUGGCACCAAUUACAUGGGUCCAGCGCUAUUUACCAAAUUACUGCUACCCAUUAUGGAGAAGACCACUACCAUUUCCGACGGCGACGUUCGAAUUAUCAACAUCAGCUCCGAAAUAUAUACGUUGGCUCCCAAAGGAGGGCUCCUCCUCGCUCGAGUGAAGACGCCGCUCACGGAGAUCAGUACCGUGGCCCGCUAUGGCCAGUCCAAACUUGCAAACAUUUACUUCACCAAAUCUUACGCCAAACGCUAUCCCGCCAUCAAGUCGGUAGCCUUACAUCCGGGCCUCGUCCAGACUAAUAUCGGUGGUGACCUAAAGGGCUUCUCGAUUAUGUCCCUUCUUUUCGGCCUUCUCAACAGAGUCGGGUCUGUUGAUGUAGCCACAGGGGCCCUAAAUCAGCUUUGGGCGAGUACUUCCAAUGCAGAAAAGGUCAAAAGUGGCGCAUACUACAUUCCUUUCUUCAAAGAGAGUAAUAGGCGGGAUAUCUCGAAGGAUGAGAAAAAAAUCGGGGAGUUGUGGGAAUGGACGGAAAAGGAAUUCAAGGAGCAUGGAUUUUAA